GGAAACUGAUAGAGCGCAAUACGCGCGAAAUACAGGGCGAUUGAUGUCCGAACUCGCGUAAAGUAGGACAGACUUUUCAAGACAGCCAUCUCAAUAUCGCCAGGGUGGGUUCCAGCAUACAGCUGUGGUACUCCUGCCAAUGGAGCCCCACAAGCGCUUUAUUCGUUCCAACAAGCCGAAGCUGAUAAAGGUUCUCUGCACCGAUGCCAGCUUCAUUUUGCAGCAUGUUGAGGGGAAAGAACUUAUCACUGAACGGGAGUACAAUAAUCUUAUUCCAAACAGUGACACACGUGGAGAAAAGGUUACCAUUGACUUGUUAGAUAAGUUAAUGAAUAAAGGUGACCAACACUGCAAGGAAUUCAUUGCCCUUUUGGGAGAGGAUGAAACACUCCAAACUUUUCCAGCACUGAAGGAGAUCCUCCCACCUCCAACAGCCCCUCAACAAGUCGCUGUACGCACUCCUGGAACAGAUACCCCAGUCCAAGAAGCUGGCUUGGUGAAGACAUAUGCGAUGAUCCAAAGUCCUCGUGGUCUCUGUGUCAUCAUCAAUAAUGUGAACUUCGAAAAGUCGACAGAACGAAGAGGAUCUGAUACAGAUGCAGAUACCUUGGAGCAGGUCUUCCACUGGCUGGGCUUCACAGUGGAACGUCACAGGAACAAGACCGUAGCUGAAAUGAAAGCUGUCCUUCAAGAAUGCAGUCAGAAGGCUGUCGGAGACUGCUUCAUCUGCUGCGUGCUGAGCCAUGGAAAAUCAGAGGGCAUUUUGGGACAUGACGAUGAUAUUGAGGAGAAUUCAUAG